UUUUAAUCGGUCAUAACAGAGCACAAAACACUCCAUCUUGAAGUUGUGAUAGUAUCAUAGUAAAAAUCAACUUUACUCAAAGAGGGGUACAACAAAUUCAACAAAGAAAUAUAUAGCAAUGGAAGAAGUACUUGUAUCUCCUAAUGAAGAGGAAGUCAAUGAAGAAAAUGAUAAAUGUGAUAAAAAUUUAGAAGCAAAUAUGGUCUAUGAAGAUGAAAAACCUCAAGUUGGAAUGAUAUUUAGCUCUAAAGAUGAACUUACAGAGUAUUAUAAGAGUUAUGCUCAGUCUAUAGGUUUUGGAGUUAGUAAACUUAGUAGCAAAAAUGGAGAUGAUGGAAAAAAAUAUUUUACUCUAGCAUGUAGUCGUGGAACAAAGUAUGUGAGUAAAUCAAAGAAUCUUUUGAAGUCAAAUCCUAUAACAAAAACUCAGUGUAAGGCUAGAUUAAAUGCAUGUAUUUGUUUAGAUGGAACAGUUUCUAUUUCAAGAAUUGUUCUUGAGCAUAAUCAUGACCUAAGCCCUACCAAAGCACGCUAUUUUAGAAGUUGUAAGAAUUUGGAACCUCAUUUUAAAAAGAGGUUAGAACUCAAUGAUCAAGCUGGAAUAAAUGUUAGCAGAAAUUUCCGAUCUUUGGUUGUUGAAGCAAAUGGAUAUGAGAAUCUAACAUUUGGUGAAAAGGAUUGUCGGAACUAUAUAGAUAAAGUAAGGAGACUGCGACUUGGGAGAGGAGACGCUGAUGCGAUUCAAAACUAUUUUGUUAAAAUACAAAAACAAAAUAGUGAAUUCUAUUAUGUGAUAGACAUUGAUGAUGACGGUCGUUUGCGCAAUGUAUUUUGGGCUGAUGCGAGAUGUAGGGCUGCAUAUGAGUAUUUUGGUGAAGUUGUAACAUUUGACACUACUUACUUAACAAAUAAGUACGACAUGCCCUUUGCCCCUUUUGUUGGGGUAAAUCACCACGGUCAUUCUACGUUGUUGGGUUGUGCUUUAUUGUCGAAUGAGGAUACUAAGACCUUUACUUGGUUGUUCAAAACAUGGUCAGAAUGCAUGAAUGGAUGUUCUCCAAAUGCCAUAAUUACUGAUCAAGACAAAGCCAUGAAAAAAGCAAUUGAGGUUGUUUUUCCAAAAGCUCGUCACCGCUGGUGUUUGUGGCAUAUAAUGAAAAAGGUUCCAGAAAAGUUAGGCAGACACUCUAAUUAUGAGUCUAUCAAAACAUUUUUGCAUGAUGCUGUAUAUGAUUCUUCGGGUACAAGUGAUUUCAUGGAAAAGUGGGAAAAAAUGAUUGAAGAUUUUGACCUUGAAGAAAACGAAUGGUUGAAGGGGAUAUUUGAUGAAAGAAAUCGUUGGGUUCCUGUGUACGUGAGAGACACAUUUUGGGCAGGAAUGUCAACAACACAAAGAAGUGAAAGUAUGAACUCAUUUUUUGAUGGCUAUGUAAUUUCAAAGACAACAUUGAAGCAGUUUGUUGAACAAUAUGACAAUGCAUUGAGAGAUAAAGUUGAAAAGGAAAACAAAGCUGAUUUUGCUUCAUUUAAUACAGUCAUAGCUUGUCUAAGUCAUUUUGGUUUUGAGUCUCAGUUCCAGAAAGCAUUCACAAAUGCAGAAUUUCCAAGAAUUUAG